AGUGCAUCACUGCACCACCUUUAUGACUGUGAAGAAAUGACCGUUACCUAUCGACAAUAUGCGGGUGAAGAUGAUCUGAAUGCUAUCAUGACCCUCGUUCAGUUUGAACUGAGCGAGCCCUAUGUGAUUUACACCUAUCGGUAUUUUCUUGAGAGUUGGCCCCACCUAUCAAUUCUUGCUCUUUCGCCAGAAUCACCAGAACCCAUCGGAGUGAUCAUCUGCAAACAAAGUAUGCAUCGAGAUACAAGGAAUCGGGGUUACAUUGCCAUGCUUAGCGUCCAUAAACGAUACCGGAAACGGGGUAUAGCAACGUCGCUGGUCAGACAAGCUAUUGAGAUAAUGAUCCAAAAUGGCGCAGAUGAGGUUGUGCUCGAGACAGAGUACGACAAUGUCGCUGCACUCGCCCUCUAUGAGUCUUUAGGAUUCAUUCGCGAGAAACGCCUCUACCGGUUCUACCUGAAUGGGAAAGAUGCCUUCCGGCUGGUCUUGGCUGUGGCACCAUCGCAGAGGCACGUAAACGUCCCGGAUGCUGCGACCGCCACAGAUGCGCGAUUGUCUUCUGCGCCUCAAGAUUCGACAAGACCUGUGCUCAUACCCCGAGACACCAUGUACCUGUAACAACCUCCGAUGAAACUAGCCGAGCGGAACGUAUACCCCUAGAAUACAAUGCUUAUCGAGUAGAAUCUGUAUCAUAAUGCCAGCUUAACGAGUAAUAUUUGUUGCAAGGCAUUUGCAAGGCAUUUGACAAUGCCUUGAAAUUC